GCACACGCCGCAAGCCUGAGGAGCCGCACACCCAGAUCAUUAAUCCGUCAUCGGCGACAUCAAGUCCAGUCGAACGACAAUAAGUAACUGCCUUCCUCGACGCGCCGACUCAAAGAGCACCGGCUCCAUUGCUUUCCUCCCACCUCGACCCUCGUCCCUUCGCAAAGGCAAACGUUCCACCUUCACAGCAUGUCGGCCUCUCGACCAGCCGCUGCCCUCCUGCGCAGCGCCUCUCGACUUUCUUCAAGAUCCGUCACCCGUUCUCAAGCACAAAUACAUCCUACCUGGAGCCCGUUUUCUCGGCCUGCAAUAUUCCGCCUCGCCCACACCAUACCAAAGCCGCCACGGCAGCCUCCAGUCUCCGCGCCCCAAACCAAUCCCAACAACUCGACAUCAGAACAACCCUCGGAAGUCAAGGCCCGCAAGCUCGUCGAGCCGCACUACCAGCUCACAUUCACCUGCGUGCCGUGCUCCGAGCGCUCGACACACGUCGUCUCCAAGCAAGGCUACCACCGGGGCUCCGUGCUCAUCACCUGCCCCAGCUGCCGCAACCGGCACGUCAUAAGCGACCACCUCAACAUUUUCGGAGAUCGCAAGAUGACGGUCGAGGAUCUCAUGCGGGAAAAGGGCCAGCUGGUCAAGCGUGGCACGCUCGGCGAAGACGGGGAUGUAGAGUUCUGGCAGGACGAUACUGCCGAUGCUGCGCCGGCGCCGUAAUUAGGGGGAGAGACCACGACGACCCGUCAACUCUGCUGGGUCGCGGAAGGGGACGAACAAGCACGGCUUGCUCGGCGCUCACUUCAUCAUCAACACCAGCCAUGAUUUUACACCACACACAGCGACUUGUCAAUUGCCAGAUCCUGGCUCAGGCAGAGUUGAACUCUCUGUGGAUGUCGAGUCUGGGUCUGUCAGUUCGAGCCGACUUUCGUCUAUGGAUGCCUAUGGGCAGUUUUAGAGCGCACGUCAGUCCGCGCGAGAAACACCGUCACCUGAAGCGACAGCAACGACAUGUACUAUAGAAUUCACGAUAUACCCCCUCUCUGGAAUAUAGACUAGAGCUGCUUUUUACAAUCUUUGAUGCAUUAUUGAUACA